AUGACUGACCCGCUCUCCCAACUCCCGCGCUUUUCACGCGCAGGCCAUGCCGGCCAUUGCAAACGUUGCCUUGUUGGACUCCCAUCUUCUCAGACCGACAUCGAUGGCUCAAGAUUGGCGCUCGCAUUCUAUUGUAUAGGAUCUCUAGAUCUGCUGGGAGUUCUUGAAGACAGCGUACCUGUGACGGAUCGUGAGUUAUGGAGGGCGUGGCUCUGGGAACAGCAGGCUGCGGGCAAACAUGGCACCGGCUUCAGACCCAGCUCAUUCAUGACGGCACAGGUUCCUUCUGAGCAAUCACAGCUGGCAGCCCAGUACAUGGAUCACGACGCCCCUCAUAUCAUUAUGACCUAUACCGCGUUGUUAUCCCUGGCAAUCCUCCGUGACGAUUUCUCGAAGUUAGAUCGUCCAGGAAUAACUAUUUUCCUGCGGUCUUGCCAGAGGGAGGACGGAAGUUUCUCCACCGUGCCAGGUAGCCAUGAAUUCGACCUUCGAACCGUCUAUUGUGCGUUCGCGAUCAGCAGCAUGCUGAACGAUUGGUCCGGAAUCGACGUUCCUCGUGCUCUUGCAUUCAUCGCGACAUGCAGGACUUAUGAAGGCGGCUACGGUCAAUCUCCUUUUUGUGAAGCUCAAGGAGGGACAACGUAUAUCGCUGUUGCGUCUCUAUAUCUGGCGGCGUCUGCCACGGGUUCUGUCGAGCCAUGCCUCACUCCUGAUGAGCGUCAGCUGACCAUAAGGUGGCUACUUCGCAAUCAAGACAAGUCCGGAGGGUUUUACGGCAGAACAGGAAAGGAUGCAGACGCUUGCUACUGUUUCUGGUGCGGCGCCGCUUUGAAAAUACUCGGCGCUGCUGAUCUCGUCAACUCAAAUGCUCUUGCCGCUUUUUUGGGCGCUUGUCAGUUCAAGUAUGGAGGCAUUGGGAAGGCGCCUGGUGAAAAUCCAGGUGACCACUUCCCCGUUAUAAAUUGCUGCAGUAGAUUCAUCGCGAGCCUCUGGAUUACAGAUCCAUACCACACCUACCUCUCUAUUGCGGCAUUGUCGAUGUAUCCCCCUGGGCUCAGCGAUUCCCAUCCAAAUUUUCAAUCAUGGAGGUUCGCUUCUCUCGAUCCCCUGCUCAAUGCCCGCGAAGAGACGGUGCAAUGGAUCAGAGAACAUGUCCCAGUUCCAGGGGUCAACUGCUCCAGGAGCAGGCUGAUGGGGAGGUCGUUAUACUCCGAUUCGGUUCUGACGUCCACCCAUAAAGGCUUCGAUGGCUGCUUCGGAUCGGAGGAUUGCUACGUGCUCCUAUAA